UUUACAAAAGUGCCGAGAGCGGAAGGGAACAAUGUUGAGGUCCUGACUAAUAUUGAAUGGAUUAGCAAUCUAUUCUGAGCACUAAUGAGAUUAGAGUGUCAUCAUAGACAUGGGUCGCAGCGGCAUGGUGCCUUUUGUUGAGCUCCUUGGGGAUUGUUUUCGCUGUCAGUUCUUCAGCACUGGAAAUGGCGUUGUGAUGCUGAACGAGGAAGACGCAGCUGAGGCGGAUGCCAGGGAAUAGAAUUUACGUGGUCACCUAUGCUGGUCUGUGGUGUGGAUUCGUAGUAGCGGUGGACAAUAUGGUGAAAUAUCAGAAAUAUAUUACUGUCAUGCAGCUGGCUUUGGGAGUGACUGCCAUAAACAAAGAGGAACGCCUUCCUCCUAAGAGAAAGAUGUGGGUGACUCCCAGCCCCCUGAUCCCCAAAAUGCCUCAGCCGCCUAUGAUUCGGAACCAGGGCCGGCCGUCGCUGCGGAGGAUCAAGGGUCGCAUCCACCGGAGCAAGAGCCUGGACAGCGUCGACCUGCUCGACUCCAACAGUGCGGCAAUGGAGGAGACUGUAAUAUGGGAACAGCACACAGUGACUCUUCACAGGGCUCCAGGGUUCGGCUUCGGGAUCGCCAUUUCGGGUGGUCGGGACAACCCUCAUUUUCAGAGUGGGGAGACCUCCAUCGUUAUCUCCGAUGUGCUGAAGGGGGGCCCGGCAGAAGGACUGCUGCAUGAAAAUGACCGCGUCGUGAUGGUCAACGCUGUUUCCAUGGAUAAUGUGGAACACGCCUAUGCCGUGCAGCAGCUUCGGAAAAGCGGGAAAAAUGCAAAAAUUACGAUCCGGCGGAAGAGGAAGGUGCAGGUCCCCAUGGCGCGGCCGGGCGAGCGGGAGACCAUGUCGGAGCACGAGGACGAGGACAGCUACGAGGAGGAGACGGACGCGCACACCGACCCCAGCGCCUGCAGCGGGGCGGGAGCGGCCAGCCGCCGGCGGAACGAGCGGGGCGCCGCCCGCCGCGACAGGAGCACCUCCCGCGACCGCAGCCUGUCGCCCCGCUCCGACCGCCGCUCCGUCACCUCCAACCUGCCCCCCCGCCCCGCCAAAGUCACCCUCGUCAAGUCCCGCAAGAAUGAAGCAGAAUAUGGCCUGCGAUUGGCCAGCCACAUCUUCGUGAAGGACAUCUCCCCAGAGAGCCUGGCCGCGCGGGACGGCAACAUCCAGGAGGGCGACGUGGUGCUGAAGAUUAAUGGCACAGUGACGGAGAACCUGUCCCUAAUAGACGCCAAGAAGCUGAUUGAGAGGUCAAAGGGCAAGCUAAAGAUGGUGGUACAGAGAGACGAGCGGGCGACCCUGCUGAACAUCCCAGAUCUCGACGACAGCGUCCCCUCCGCCAACGCCUCUGACAGAGAUGACAUCUCAGAAAUUCAUUCACUGGCAUCCGACCAUUCCAAUCAGUCACAUGACAGAAACCGCCGCAGUCAGUCGCGCUCGCCCGACAGGCGGUCCGACCCGUCUGACCAAUCCCGGCACUCUCCACAGCAAGUCAGCAACGGCAGCCACAGAAGUCGAGAGGACGAGAGGAUUUCAAAGCCAGGGGCAGUUUCCACUCCUGUAAAAUUAUCAGAGGAAGUGAUAAUCUCCAAGCAGACCGAAGAGGAAAAACAGACCCCCCCAUUGCCAGAACCCAAGCCAGUGUAUGCUCAACCUGGCCAGCCAGAUGUGGACCUGCCCGUCAGCCCCACUGAUGCCCCUGUGCCUGCUGCUGCCCAUGAUGAUGGCAUUCUCAGGCCGAGCAUGAAGCUGGUGAAGUUUAAGAAGGGCGAGAGCGUGGGGCUGCGUCUGGCGGGCGGAAGACGCUGCGAGACGCCUGUGGGAGCACACUCCUGUGGGCGGCUUUGCUGGAGGACAGCACCUGCGUCCAAGGAGUGACUCGAGGGAGACCAGAUUCUCAGGGUAAACAACGUAGACUUUGCAAAUAUAAUUCGAGAAGAGGCGGUGCUGUUCCUCCUUGAUCUUCCUAAAGGUGAAGAAGUCACCAUCCUGGCCCAGAAGAAGAAGGAUGUGUACCGGCGGAUUGUGGAGUCGGACGUGGGCGACUCGUUCUACAUCAGGACCCACUUUGAGUACGAGAAGGAGUCGCCCUACGGCCUGAGCUUCAACAAGGGCGAGGUGUUCCGCGUGGUGGACACCCUCUACAACGGCAAGCUGGGCUCCUGGCUGGCCAUCCGCAUUGGCAAGAACCACCAGGAGGUGGAGAGGGGAAUCAUUCCCAACAAAAACAGAGCGGAGCAGCUGUCCAGCGUGCAGUACACCCUGCCCAAAACGGCCGGGGGCGACCGCGCCGACUUCUGGAGAUUCCGCGGACUGCGCAGCUCCAAGAGGAACCUGAGGAAGAGCCGGGAGGACCUGUCGGCCCAGCCCGUCCAGACCAAGUUCCCCGCCUACGAGAGGGUGGUGCUGAGAGAAGCUGGGUUCCUGAGGCCGGUGGUCAUAUUCGGGCCCAUUGCUGACGUGGCGCGGGAGAAGGUGGCCAGAGAAGAGCCUGACCUGUUUGAGUUAGCGAAAAGCGAACCCAGAGAUGCUGGGACAGACCAGCGGAGCUCCGGAAUCAUCCGCCUCCACACUAUCAAGCAGAUUAUCGACCGGGAUAAGCACGCGGUGCUGGACAUCACGCCCAACGCAGUGGACCGGCUGAACUACGCCCAGUGGUACCCCAUCGUGGUGUUCCUCAACCCCGACAGCAAGCAGGGGGUGAAGAACAUGAGGACCCGGCUUUGCCCCGAGUCCAGGAAGAGCGCCAGGAAGCUGUACGAGAGAGCCCUCAAACUGAGGAAGAACAACCACCACCUCUUCACCACCACCAUCAACAUGAACAACAUGAACGAUGGCUGGUACGGAGCGCUGAAAGACACCAUUCAGCAGCAGCAGAACCAGCUGGUGUGGGUCUCUGAGGGAAAGGCGGACGGUGCCCCCGACGACGACCUGGACCUGCAUGACGACCGGCUGUCGUACCUGUCGGCCCCGGGCAGCGAGUACUCCAUGUACAGCACGGACAGCCGCCACACGUCCGACUACGAGGACACGGACACGGAGGGCGGAGCCUACACGGACCAGGAGCUGGACGAGACGCUCAACGACGAGGUGGGCCUGCCCACGGAGCCCGCCAUCACCCGCUCCUCCGAGCCCGUGCGCGAAGACCCGCCCGUCAUCCAGGACCCCCCGGGGUACGCCGGGUACCCCCACAACGCGCAGCCCGAUCACCUCAACCGGAUAGACCCGGCCGGGUUCAAGGCCCCUGCGCCCCAGCAGACAGCAGAGGCUGCCGCCGCCGCCGCCGCGCCUAGCCUCCCUCAGCAGGCCGAGCCGCCGGCCGAGACAGCGCCCCCUGCUGUCGACUCGGUACUCGUACCUGAUAAGACCCCUGAGGAGGCUCCCGCAGCUCCCCAGGGUGACCCCAGCCCGCAGGCUGACUCGCUUAGGAGACCCACCCCUGAGCUAGCCCCGCCCCUGACACAUGACCCCCACCAAUCCGGACCGCCCGAUUCAGAGCCAAAGAUGUACCAGAAGGACCCGUACGGCCUGGAGGACCCGGCGCGGCCGCACGGAGUGAAGCCCCAGCAGCCGCCGGCGGUGGGCCCGCCGCUCAGCUACGAGCCCCAGCCCGCGUACCCCAGCGAACAGCCAUACAGGGACUACGAGCAGCCCGCCUACCGCUACGACGGGGGCGGCAACUACCUGGAGCCCAAGCCCCAGGGCUUCGACCCGCACCUGCACUACGAGAACCGCGUGCCUCAGUACGACCAGCAGUGGGCGCCCUACGGUCAGCAGCCCUCGCCGCAGCCGCCGGGCUACCAGCCGCCCCGCCAGCCCUACGAGAACCAGCACCCGGCGGGCUACGAGCCGCGGCUGGCGUACGAGGGCGGGGCGGAGCGCGAGUACAGCCCCCCGCAGCCGCGCUACGACGAGGCCCCCGCCGGCUACGACGGGCGGCCGCGCUACGAGCCCCCCCCGCCCAAGAGCUACGGCAAGCCGGCGCCCGCGCCCGCGCGCUACGAGGAGCUCCCGCCCCCUCCCUCGGCGGGGUACGACGCGCGCCCCCGCUACGAGCCCGAGGCGCACUCCUUCCCCCCGCCCGCCUCCCGCUCCCCGGAGCCCCCCAAGCAGUACUACGGGGACCCCGCCCCGCGGCCGCCCUACAACCCGGGGCCCCCCAACCGCGGCUACAAGCCGGGCCAGUUUGAGCCCGCCCUGAACUCGGACGCCCCCUUGCCCCCUCCCAAACCGGAGGUCCUCACCUCCCCCGGAGAGCCUGCGGUCGGCGCGCCUCCCAAACCCCUCCCCCCGCCCUCCAGCGAGGAGCCGGAGGACGACCCGGCCAUGAGGCCGCAGUCGGUGCUCACCAGAGUCAAGAUGUUUGAGAACAAGCGCUCUGUGCCUGGGGAGCGGAGCAAAGAGGGAGCAGACCCUGCAGUUCUCAGGACAGUGGAAUUGCCACCCAAACCUGUCAUUGCCCCUGGCCCUGUCCCCAAAGCCAACUCUCUCAGUCACCUGGACCAGGAGAAGCCCACCUACAGAGCUCCGGAGCCCCAGAGGCCCAAAGCGGCGGAGGACAUCGUGCGCGCCAACCACUACGACCCCGACGAGGACGAGGAGUACUACAGGAAGCAGCUGUCCUACUUCGACCGCCGCAGCUUCGACAACAAGCCCGCCCCGCAGCCCAAGACUGCGCCCGCACAGCCUGUGCAGAACUACUCUAGGCCGGAUUCGGGGGAGAAGGCCAGUCCCGUACCCCAGAUAACCCCGCCCCCCUUACAGUACGGCCAGCCUGGCCCAGCUGCCCCGCCCGCCACUCUCCCCAAACCCGUCACCCCUGAAGUGACCCCCCUGCCCGAGCCUCACGGGUCGCCGAAAGCCAAGCCGGACCCGUCGGCACUGAGACCCAACAGCAGGGAAGACAUGGUGCAGAGCAACUACCUGCCCCAGAAGAGCUUCCCAGAGAAGUCCCCGGUCAACGGCACCGACGCCCCCGCCAAGCCCCCGGGCGCCCCGGCCACCUCCAGCUACAACCGCUACGUCCCCAAGCCUUACACCAGCUCGGCCCGGCCCUUCGAGCGCAAAUUCGAGAGCCCCAAGUUCAACCACAACCUUCUGCCCAAUGACACGCUGCCCAAGGUCGACCCCGCCCCCAAGCCUGCGGGCGGAGUCCCGCCCCCGAUCCUGGCGAACAGCGUGACGAAGCCCCAAAUCUCCCCGCAGCCGGUGGAACUGGACAGCGGACUGGACACCUUCACGCGCACCCUGGACAACAGGCCCAAAUACCAGCACAACAACAUCAAUGCUGUACCCAAGGCCAUUCCAGUCAGCCCGAGCGCACUGGAGGAUGACGAGGAGGACGAAGGACACACGGUGGUGGCCACGGCCCGGGGCAUCUUCAACAGCAACGGCGGCGUGCUGAGCUCCAUCGAGACGGGCGUGAGCAUCAUCAUCCCGCAGGGGGCCAUCCCCGAGGGCGUGGAGCAGGAGAUCUACUUCAAGGUCUGCAGGGACAACAGCAUCCUGCCGCCGCUGGACAAGGAGAAGGGAGAGACUCUGCUCAGCCCCCUGGUGAUGUGCGGCCCCCACGGCCUCAAGUUCCAGAAGCCGGUGGAGCUGCGCUUACCUCACUGUGCGUCUAUGACCCCCGACGGUUGGUCUUUUGCUCUAAAAUCCUCCGACUCCUCGUCGGGUGACCCCAAGAGCUGGCAGAACAAAUCUCUCCCAGGAGAUCCCAACUAUCUGGUUGGAGCAAACUGUGUGUCUGUGCUCAUCGACCACUUCUGAAGAGGGAAACAGCUGGUCUGUUAAAGAAUGUGAAAACUGGGGGACAACAGAUAAGCAUCUCGCCCCUGGCGCACCGCUCAAUGAAGUAUUAACCCUUAAUACUGUAGUCCAAGGGCAUUUACUACACCCACAAAACCCGCAAGGGGAACGAAGGAGGCUCACAUUCAAAAAGUGCUGUUUUUAUUUUUUUAUUUUUUUUGGUGCUUAAAGGCUCGCAAAAAAGAAAAAAAUAAUAAAAAAAAUAAAUAAAAAUUUAAAAGUAGUAACUCUAACCAUUGUUGGAAUGCAUGCCCAGUGCCAGAGACUGCUGAAUCUGAUUUUAUGCGCCAAGUUUUCCUAGUCUGACAAAAAAACUGCUUUGUGAUGAUGUGACGAUUUUUCAUUCAUCAUUAAUUUGAAGGAUAUUUAAAAAGAAGAAAUGGAAUGGUUUAUAUAUAUAUAUAUAUAUAUAUAUAUAUAUAUAUAUAUACAUAUAUACGAAUUUUAGUAAUAAUAUAAAUAAUACUGCAUAUAGCAAAUUUUUUCUUUGCCAUUAGUUGCACAGGUAAGGACUGUGGUCACAUUUUUUGAAGGAUUUGUGAAGGUUUGGAAAUGCUGUGCCUGAAGAAUGAGAGUGGUGUUUUGGAAGCUGUCUGGAGACUGGAACAGACAAGAUUGGGGAAAAAAAAUGAAGCUGAAGUAUUGCAAACGGAUUUACUGAUCCAGCUCGUACCUCCAACCGGCUCUCUUGGUUUAGAACUAUGUUUUAAAACUAUUUUACCUUAUUAAUAAGCAGACUGACUUUUACAUUGUUUUUUUAACAUCAGAACUCUCCUGCUGUCUAGAGAUCUAUGCAUGUGCUAUGACUCAGGUCCUGAAGCCUGCUCAGUCCAACACACAUAAAAUCUCCAUUUUACACUAACAAGCAGUGAUGCCUUAUCUGCAUAUUAUUCACUAUUUUCAGUACCUGAAAUACUUUAGAUUUCUUUUAAGUUAUGAUAAAUUAUGGAAAAAAUGAAGAGGUGUCUUUUGCCAUUUUGUCAACCCACUGUAUAAUUAAACUUGGGUUUAGCACACAAGAAUAAUCAAGGCUGAGGAAAAGGUAUGCUCUCUUUUUCUGCUAUGCAUAUGAAACAAAAAAGGAAAAACUGAAGUGUUUAAAAUAUGGCUGUACAUAAUGCUAGCAUAUAUGGCCUUGGUUCUUGGUUUGUAAAUGAACUUUUGUAUGUCUUUGUUAUUUUAUAUAAAACUAAACUGAGAAAAAAUAUUUCUAAAAAAAAGAAAAAAGAAAUUAAAUUGGUUAUCUUUGUAUUCUGGUUAUACCCUUGAGCCUUGGAACUUGUAACUUAUCAGUAAUAAAUCCAACUUUUCUACCAGUAUAUACACACUACAUGUAAACAUUUUUAAUGGUCACAAAAACCUUUGUAUGCUUAUUUACAAAAGAAAAAAAGUGCUUGGUUUAAAUAAUUUAAACAAUGUGUACUUUAAAGGGUCUGCUUUGAGAAGUGUUCCCUUCCUUCAUUUGUGAUACUGGAUGCUGUAUUGUGUGCCCUGAAAUGUAUUUUUGUACUAAUAGACAAUUUAUUAUGGCACAUCAGUACUAUUUUCUUUAGAUUAUAACACAGGCUUCAAUCAGAUAUUAGCUUUUCUUCACGUGUGGCUGAUAAUAUUUUUGUUUGUUUUUUGUUUUCCUUUUUUUCCUUUGCAACACAUUUCUAAGUAUACCACUGUAUUGAUUAAUAAAAUCAUUUUUAAAGUAAA